AUGGAUCUAGUGAAUAUUGAGGAAGUGAGAAAAUAUCUGAAAUUCUAUACCAGACACUUCUCUAAUGAUAACGAAUUGCAUCACUUAUAUCGUGGGGUUUUUUACAGUCCAGAAUUAUGCGAUUACGUCGUGAUACUAUGCACUGCGUUGGAAUAUCCUAAAGAAGUCAUUUACAAUGCUAUUGAAAUAUUUGACCGGUUUAUCAUUUUGCAUCUUCAAAGUGCAACAAUUGAAGAAAGGUUAGCAACAUUUGAUAAACCAUAUUUGGAAUCAAAACGGAGUGUUAUGUUAGCUCUUCUUACUGUACUGCAGUUGGUCACAAAAUUGAUUCACCGAUAUUCAAGAUUAGGAACGGUGUGUGUCAAAUGCAUACUAUCAUGUUUGGGAUACGAAUUUGACGAAUCGGUUAUACUGCAUUCUGAAAUGUGUGCUUUAAAUGUUUUACAAAACUCACUCACGCAUCAAACUCUGGAAGGAUGUGUUGAGCUCAUUGUUGCUUUAUGCAAACAAUAUGACAAGGAUGUUACGUUUCCAAUGAAGGAUGAGCUUGUUUAUUUUGUUUACGGCAAAUACCGUCAUCUGAUUGUUAAACUUAAGAAAUGUCACAUAUUCCCCGAGUCAUCUAUCCACAUGGAUUUUGUUCUAGGUUUUUCUAUUUUGCUUGCAUGCUUCAUAUUGAAUGAACAAAUUCAUAAGAUUGGUUUAUUGGACUUUGUCAUAAAUUUACUAGGUAUUGUAAAGAAAGAAGAUAUUCGGAAAGCAUCAUUUGUCCUAUAUGAUUUAAUUUAA